AUGGCGUCAAUCCCGUCGCCGAUUGAGUCGCUACCAAACGAGCUGCUCGACGAAAUCGCCUACCUCCUCUCCUCCGAUCCCCCUUCCUCGAAUGGGCUACACGAGCCUCCAAACACACGUAUAACAUGGUCGAAAACCCGAGAUUUGAAGCAUCUUUCGCUCACAUGCCUCCGCCUCUACAAUCUUGUUCGCCCUCGGCUCUUCUCCCAUUGUUGCUUCGAACUAAAAGACGCAAAUGAAUAUCUCUCAUUCAUAUCCAAAUCGGAACUGGACCGCUAUGUCACAUCAGUUGUGGUAAACGCAAGCGAUGCUUUGGAGGACUGCGAGAGCUCUGGUACGCCCUGGUGGCGACGCUUUUUGUGCUCCCUUGUCCCACGACGUAUCACAGUAAUCGCGCCACCCUCGGUCAUUGGACGGAUGUUCGAAAUGCAAAUACCCCAGGAACAUGGCUGGGCUUUCGAAAUACCCCUUCAGGUUGUACAGCUAGAAUGCGACUGGGGAAGCUGCAAGCCUACUUUUGUUUCGGAUGAAGAUUGUGGCCUUCUGGACUGUCUCCCGUGGUCGUCCAUGCAGUUCAACGAAUCAUCAUCUCUUAAAGCAUACAACCAUUAUGAGUAUUUUCUGUACCAGAUUCCUUCCAUAUUCCAUCGUUGGAGCCCGUGGGCGUCCACGCAUUCCUUGUCCGAGCGGCCGCACCUAUCAUCCUCGCUAGCAAACCUAACGUCCUUUACAUACGUGGCGGUCUUUCCAUUCUACAAUCACGUCCAGCUGGUGUUGGAUGCUGUGGAAUUCAUGACAAACCUCCGGUCUUUGACGAUACAACUUGGCCCGUCGUACAAUAACAGAGUGACUGAAAUCGAGCAGCGAGGCUCCAUGGACCCGAGCGAUCCCUGGAUGGAACUUGCCACAGGAUACUCAUUGAUUGCACAUGCUGUCAGGAGCCUGGGAAUAAAGAGCUAUCUCUCAAAAUUUAUCGCGUGUGAUUACGAAAUGGAGCCGGUCCGGGCCGAGAUCGACGUGAUACUGGGGGAUAUCCUGUGUGACGGUCCAUGGACGCAUGAUGGCCAUGGCACCUGGACAAAAAGGCCGGCUGAUAUGGCCAAUGCGGACGGAGACUCAACCGCCGUUCACCCUUCUGACAACACACGCGUCCCUUCUGGCGGAAUGCCCACAACAUACAGAGCGGAGCCAGCAGAACCCAUUCUGGCUCAUACUCUAUUGCAGGAAUCCUCCAACAUACGCCCAGAGGCAGCCUCCGUCUCAAAUCAAGAGAGGCUAGACCAAGACCCUUCAAAUAAAUGGAACCUAGAAUUCGACAUUGAGAAUGGCCUCCAUUCCUCCCGGGAUGACAUCUUCCGCCCAGGGACAGUAAUCGGCUUCUCCAGAUUACGAGGCAGAUCCCCAGAUGGGAAUGACGAUGAAUUUGUCGGCGAGCUCCCCCGCCAUCUCCUCACGAAAUGGCUUCGCCAACCAAAACCACCAUCAAUACCGCAAAGCAGAACAUUCAUAAUCCACCCCCCAAGCAGCACCAUCUUCUCGCCCACCAAACUCCUCUCCUCACUGCAAUCCUUUCACCCUUCUCUCCCCCGCAAGGACGCAAUCUCCCUCCUCGACUCAGUCCAGCUCUUCCCAGUCUUCGACUUUGCGGCCGCCGUGCAGGCUAUUAAUGAAGUCGCUGAUAUAUUGCACUCCCUCCGAGAACACCAAGACGAGCAGCAGCAGCAGCAGCAGCAGCAGCAGCAGCAGCAGACCCAACAGACACUUGUUAUUGCUGGUCUCGACACCCUCACCGAAGCAGUUGUACGCGCGUCAAAUGCCGUCCGCGGCGCCGCUGUCCUGAGUAGUGCGCUGCGGAUAAUAGCGCAGUUAUCGCGUAUGCACUCCCCAAAUCUGUCCGUUCUUCUUGUGAAUACGAGCGGUGUUGGGCCUGCAGUCCGUGAUGAUGGUUCCGUUGUGCAGAAUCAGAACCAGAACCAGAACCAGAACCAGAGAGACUACGAAACUCGAGAUGACGGCAUCCAGUCGAUGUUCUCUGUAACUGAUGGUCCGCUCUUUCCCAGUCUGCUGAUGAGAACGCUGGAUCAGGGGAUUGAUACGCAUCUCCUGGUGUCGACUACGCGAAGGGUUCCAGUUGUAGAGGUUAUUAAGGACCGGGUGGGGGGUGGGCUUGGGAGGUGGUGUGUUUGGAGCAGAAAGAAUAAAUGA